CUCCUUGGAGGAGCUCGCGACCACUUCGCAGCAGCAUGAGGACGUGAGCAGGUCGGAAGGAGCGGCUCCUGAGUCCCGACGUGCCUCUUGUCUUCCUUCUCGAUCACGCCAGCGCGCUCAAACUGUGGCCGGCCUCAGCUCUGAAACCUCGGCACACCAGAGAGCCAGCGGCGCGCGGCCGCUCCGCGUGUGCUCCUCCGUGGCAGCAAUGAUGCUCGCGCUCACCUUCACCUGCCGCGCGCUGCUCCUCUUCUUGCUCUCGGAGUCGGUUCAGACCGACAAGACGGCGACCUUCCUGAUCACAGAGAACAUGUGGCCUCGUGGUUGUGUGCUGGACUGCCAGAGGGGGCGCCACAGACCUGUGUGUGGCAGCAAUGGCAGGCUGUAUAAAUCGCUGUGUGCCUUUCAGAGGGCACAGUGCAUCAACACACAGCUCCGCCACGUCCCACGGGGACACUGUGCAGAUCCGUUGCAGACUAAAUGCCAGCUGGCCCGAGCUCAGGGCCUUGAGGCCAGAGCCCGCAGCCGUGGUAGUCCUGCAGCUGCAGUUUUUGUGCCUGCGUGCAGUCCCGACGGUCACUUCAUGCCCAUGCAGUGCCACAACCAGACCGGAUAUUGCUGGUGCUCCACGCCUGAUGGCAAACCUGUCAGUGGUACCACGGUCCUCCAUGUGGUCCCCAACUGCACUGAUCACCUCAUCAAGCUCGUUCAGUUCACCCAUACAGAUGCAACUCCAAUCAAAGAUGGAGACGUUGGACCUGGACCUACGCUGGACCCUAGAAAACCUGCAGAGCUGACGGCGCCUCCAUUCUGGGUGACCAUCCUGAUGAACUCUGAGCCACGAGGAAACCGCUCACUCAGACGACCUCCUGACAAUCCUCAGACUUGUCAGCGUGAGCGAGCGUCUCUGCUCUCUCAGACUCGUCAAGCCCAGGAGGAUGAGCGUUUCAUCCCAGAAUGCACUGCAGAUGGGCGUUACAGCCCUGUGCAGUGCCACACUGCUACAGGUUACUGCUGGUGUGUCAGAGUGGACACUGGGAGGCCACGACCAGGCACCUCAGCACGGAAUCAAAUCCCGGACUGCACUAGGCCAGAGGCUGCAUCACUGGAGAAACCUCUGCCUGGGUGUCCUGGAGCUCGUAAGAAGAAGUUCCUUCAGAGUCUGGUCAGAGCGCUGCAGGUGGAAGCACAGCAUGCUGGGAGUCUGAGUCCCUACCAAGACUCAAACACAGAUCCUUCCAGUGCUCCUUCGCCCACUUCAAACCCUCCACCCUCUGUCGCUCCUUCAUCAUCUUCCUCCUCUCUGGAUAAUACCCCCACUGAUGCUGCAGAGUCUUCUAGGCCAGAUUUGGUGCUGCAGUGGCACUUUAGUCAGCUGGACGUGGACUCUGACGGGUGGCUCAGUGAGCGUGAGGCUCGACCCCUCCGUCAGUUCCUGCGGCGCAGACUGAAGCCACGACGCUGUGCUAAGAAGUUCGCCCAGUACUGCGACAGCGAUAGAGACCGAAGCCUAACGUUAGAGGAGCUGAGGGUGUGCCUGGCUCUCUGAGGAGGCUUACCGUCAGAGUCAAAGCGACCGAGAGCAACGAGACAAAUCAGCUGACAUCAAAAGGCAGCUCGUUUUAGUGAUUAAGUCAUAGAAGCGCCAUCGUUGGGGUUGGAAGAUCUGUUCUGUCUCCCAGUUGUUCCCACAUGGUCGCCAAUUCCUGACACUAUCGCUGUGGGGUGAAGCAGGGGGAGGGUUUUAAUGUGCACCCUCCACCCACUCCUCUACUGACUCAUUCCUUCUGUUUCUGACUCUCACAUGGCUCACCUGUCUUUUUUUAUGGUGCCCUCCUCACACAGUGAGUCUGGCCGUGUUAAUCUCUCACUCACACACACACACACACACACACACACACACACACACACACACACACACACACAGACUGUGUGCCAGGAGAGUGUCAGCUUCAUGCAGGCAUGCCAACAUGAAACCAUAACAAGGCAAGUUUAAUUUCAUAUGACUCUGAGAGUAUGAUGAUAAUAUUGAAUAAAUGGGAAAACAAUUUUGAUCAUCAUGCAUCAGCACCGCUCGCUGGCUUACCUUUCCCUGGUGUAGGACUGCAGGUCACAGGUAACUGCCAUUAAGAAGGAUGUAAAACUGAUGAGGAUUCAGGGCUGGGGCUCAGAUACAAUCGGCACUCCAGACAACCACUACAGUAAUCUGAUCCGUUCUCAGCCACUUGCAGCUCAGUGUCCUCUGCUAUAUCACACACACUGCAGAGGCAUCCAGGGGUUCAGGUUUGAUUCUUUUUGGCUGACUUUUGCUUGUGAUUCCAGACCAAUAACAACAACAAACCUUAAUUUAUUCAGUUACUGCUUUCCUUUUUCUCCUUUCAUUAAUCUUAUGUGUCUUUUCCUUUCCAAGCCUGCAUCUCUUCUUCUUUGUACAUACUUUGUUACAACACAUACUGACAGUAUAUAUUAACUCAUCUAUACAUAAGUAUAUGUACUUUUGUAAUUUGUUCGAUAAGUUGUAUUUUCAGACCACAUCAUCGACUCACAGCAUUUUCUACUAAGUAAUUGUGAGUUGAAAAGGGAAAAACAGGUCUGAUGGAUGGAUGU